CGAGAAAGGAUCCACUACGAAGUAGUUGACUCGACUCACUACGUCAGACUGCCCGCCCUAAUGCUCCGCACUAGCCGUACUCCCACGUACACAUCUAUCUUUUGUCCUCUAAAUUUGCAAAUAUCCUUCUGUAUUCAUCUUGAUAUAUUUCUCUAGCACCAAUUCUAAUCUUCGCCUUUCGUCGCUAUGGCUACUAUCACGCUCGGCAGGUACUUAUGGGAAAGAAUCCAUGAAAUUGGCGUUGAUACUAUUUUCGGCGUCCCGGGAGACUUCAAUCUGCAGCUUUUGGACUAUGUCUUUGAGGUCAAAGGGCUGAACUGGGUGGGAAAUCAGAACGAACUUAAUGCAGCGUAUGCGGCAGACGGUUAUGCAAGAGUGAAGGAAGUCCCCGGAGCGUUCGUGACUACGCAUGGAGUUGGGGAGCUAUCGGCACUGAAUGGUGUUGCCGGAGCACUCUCUGAACGAGUGAAGCUGAUUCACGUCGUUGGACAAACCACCAGACCAAUGCAAGACAAUCACCUCAUGAUUCACCAUUCGAUCGGUGAUAAACCAGAUCACCAAUUGUACAACAAAACAUCAAAGCACCUCCGAGCUGCUGCAGCCGAGUUAUGGGAUGUGAAGACGGCUCCAAAAGAGAUAGACCGAGUGAUUCGAGAAUGCUUCAUUCAUUCAAGCCCGGUAUACAUCUUUGUCCCCCUGGACAUGGUGGGCGAAGAAGUUCCUGCUGCGUUGUUGGAAACACCGAUUGACACCUCUAUGCCUGUGGAUACUAAAGCUCAAGAUGCAGCAGUAAAUGCUAUCAAAGAAGCUUUGGAGAACGCAAAGAGGCCGUCAAUCCUCGUAGAUGCCUUUGUGCAACGUUUCUCCGUGGUUUCAGAGACAAAAGCAUUGGUGGACCGACUUGGAGUCCCUGUCUUCACGACAAACUCAGGCAAAAGUAUUAUUGACGAAACCCACCCUCAAUACGUCGGGGUGUACAACGGCCAAAUCAGCUCACCGAGGGUAGCACAAGCAUGUGAAUCAAGCGAUCUUGUACUCAUCUUGGGAUAUAUGCCUGCGGACACGAACUCUGGAGGCUUCUCCAGGAAACUCUCGGAGUAUCAGUGCAUCGCCAUAAAUCCGCACGACGUCAAUGUCAAGGGUAAAGCGUAUCCAGAUACCUUCAUCAAGCCCUUGAUUGCGCAACUUGCCGCAGUUUUGAAUGAAAGGGCUUCGAACGAGGCCCAAACCCCAAAACUUCCUCCUCCGUUCAGAUACAAGGACCACGCUGCUACGAAUAUUACUCAGUCGUGGAUAUGGCCAAGGUUCGCCGAGUAUUUCAGAGGAGGUGACGUAGUCAUAGGAGAGACAGGGACCACGAACUUUGGACUUUGCGACAUCAAAUUCCCGGCAAAUAUCCAAUAUGUUAAUCAAAUCUACUAUGGCAGCAUUGGCUGGGCUACAGGUGCCCUUCUAGGAGUUGAAGUUGCCAGGGCUGAAGUCCAGGCGAAGCAGAACCAAUCGCCCGGGAGGACUAUUUUGAUCACUGGCGACGGCAGUCUUGCAUUGACCAUGCAAGAAAUUGGAACCGUGGUCAAGCAGAAGCUGAAGCGGCCAAUCAUCUUCAUCAUCAACAACAAUGGGUAUACCAUUGAGAGAAUGAUAUGGGGAGCAAGACAAACCUACAACGACAUCGUUCAAACAGACUACUCCGCUCUUCUCCCACUUUUCAAGCAUCCUGACCCGGCGUCGUCAUUCCACCGAGCAACUACAAAGAUGGAGCUCGAUGAAAUCCUCAAGAAAGUGGAACUUACCGAUCCUACUCAGCUCCAAAUCGUUGAAUUGAUUGUAGAUCAACUAGAUACGCCAUGGAGAUUGGGCGCGCAGCUCGCAGUCCGAGGCGAAGUUACCCAGAAAUAUCUGGCCGAUGAAGGGUUCGUAGAUAGCAUUGGUGGCUGGGGCUUGGAGGGGAGCAGCCUGUCAGUGGGGCCAAAAUGGGCCUAGUUCCACACCUUUGCGAAAGUAGGGGCUUCGAAGCCUUCGAAGGCUAUGAAACCAUUUCACAAUCAAUAUUCGACUCACGAGAUACAUGUUUUAGAGAAGUUGGCUUCAUUAAACUGGAUAUCGUAUAACCACCCC